AUGGAAUACCCCACCGAUGUUAUAAUUAAAAAAGAAAAAGACGAUUUUCAAUUCGAAAAUAAAGAAGGUAUUUUAGAAGUACACUACGAUGUAAAAAUUGAAAGUUGCACACUGUUUGGCGAUGUGGACUGGUGUAUUGACAACGUCACUCUUUUGGAGGAGAUUGGGAAACAAUUUCAUGAAACAGUAAAUGAUGAGAAGACUCGACAAGAGUGUCAAUUGUGUGGCCAACAUUUUCCAGAUAGCUAUUCUUUGUUUAAGCAUAACCUAAAACAUUUAAAGAUUAUGGUUGUGAAACCAACCAUUUAUCAAUGCAACACAUGCCUAAUUUGUUUCAAAACGAAAGAAAAGCUCAAAGACCACAUCUUUAAGAAACACACAGAGUCAAAGAAACCUCUUAAUAAGCCUGGUGUACCCAAAACAAAAACGCCGCAUGUAUGUUUUAUUUGUGACAAGGUUUUUUCAUAUAAACAUUGGCACAGUCAUAUGAAGGAAGUUCAUGCCAAUAGUCCUAUAAAAUGUUCUAAAUGUGGAGAAUUAUUCAAAUGUUAUAGGUAUCUACAAAGACAUAAAAUGUUUGUACAUGAUGGUGUAAAAAAAGCCUGGCGAAUGAAUACCAAAGUUAAUGAGAAGCUACCUUGCGAUGAAUGUGAAAAAUUGUUACCUAAUCGCAUAGCACUGACUACUCACAAAAAAAAUUGUCACAGCACCAGACAAUUUCAGUGUUACAUUUGUAAAUCAUUACUUAAAUGUAAAUCGUAUUUAAUGACGCACAUGCGUCGAGUGCACUAUUUUGACGGUAAAGAGCACAUGUGUGAUAUUUGCGGUAAGAAAUUCAAGUCUCCAAGAUAUGUCAAAAUUCAUAUUAAAAAUAGUCACACUAAUAAGAAAACAAAAACCUCACAGAAUGAUUUGGGGAGCUAA